AUGGCGGUGUUUGUUGACCUUGACGACGAUGACUGCGCGUCCAGCGGUCGAUCGUGUGACGACGCCGGAUCGACAAGGUUACCAACCCCAAUUUCGGCCAGUCAUGAUCAGCUGAAGCCUGUGAUCGAAAGAGCGUCGAGCCCGGUCGACGCGUCGAAUACGGUGAAGAGUGUGCGGGUAGACGCAAUGAAGGUCAAUAGAGUGGCGGCCGCCUUGACAUGCUAUCCGAUCGCCUUGUCCUUGGCCUCGCACCUCGACCUCAAUGAUUUACAUGCUCUGGCAGCAACCUGCCGAAGCGUCCACACGAGCCUGACGCAGUAUGCUCCUCAACUCAAGGCACAUUCUUUACGAUGUGUUCACGACGAGACACCAGUGCUGGCAGAAGCACUUGCUAUGACAGAAAGAGAAGAACCACGCAUGGAGGUGUCGCUCUAUGGUGAUGCUCUCACAACCGCGUCGGCAGCGUGGCAGCCGCACGCUCAGAUGGAGGAUGCCAUGAGGCCCUUCGCAGGCUCCGCACCCGAAGGCCUUUAUUCCUCGGUUGGCGCAACCAGCAAGAUCAGCUCCUGUGCUCGCGAUCUGGUGGCUCCUUGUCGCCGAUGCGGAACAGUGGUCUGCCGCAACUGCGCGGCCAAGUCUCCCAGCAAUGCCAGGUUGAAAGACCGACAUCGACGAUUGUGCAAUACGUGCUUGGAUGCUCCACUGGAGGCACAUUUGCGCCCGCUUGUUCUCCCUACUGAGUCGACCGAUGGCGUCUUGGUCUCCAGUGCCAGUUCGGUUAAAUCGGAGCGCUCGUACUCGGAUCAUUCUACCUCCAGCUCAGGAUCUGGCAUUGAGGAUCGCGAGCGCAGACAGGAGUAUCCGCGUACUUUCACCUCGGCGGCGUUUCUGCGCGGCCCUUGCACGUGCGAGUCCCGUGGCGUGUUUUUGUGUGUUCCAUGUGGCCAGAACCUUGGAUCGGCAGACACCACCUAUAAACGGGUUUGGACCUGGCGGUCUCGCUACUCUACUCAUAUCGGGGGUGGGUUGGGCACGGGUCUGGGGGUUGGCAACCAAGGUCAGAAAUGUGGACGUGGCAAAGAUUGUCUCGCGACUGGGGGCAAAGCUGUGUGCUGGCUUGAGAUUGACUGUACGGAAGGGCAUUCUCACGACUUCCAUCGGGUAACCGAUGGGAGUGAGCUGAGCAGGAUGAGCACGCCCGACUACACGAGCAAUAAGCCGGGGUAUUUUCAGCAGGAGGUUGAGGGCAUAGGUGGCAUCGUCAAGAAAAAGGCCAAGAAGCGGGUCAAGGUCGGGGCGACGGUGUGGGAAUAUGAAGAUGAACGGGAAAGUGGCAAGUAUCUGGAACGGGAGGCCAAGGGCGCAGUGCGGAGCUGGUGUGGUUGGUGUGGACGAGUAUGCCUGGGACAAAAAGAUCGGGAGAAUCCAUGCCUGAACCUGGAUUCAAUAGUUACCUAG